AGCUGACUCUGUCAUGUGACCUGUUAUGGCGGCGCAGGUUUGAGGAGGAACUGGGCUGAAUUCAGCAUCUUAAUAAUAUAAACGUGUUGUUUUGUUCACUCGGUUGUACCGCCUAAAGCUCCGUUUUAACUGCCGAAAAUGGGUCUCGAUCCAGUCUCUGUAAAUCUGGAUCAAAAGCUGCUUGAGUUCAUGGAUCAGCUCGAGCUGCUGGAGGAGAAAAGGCAGAGACUGAAUUCACUCAUAGAGGAGGGAUGGUUUAACAUUUCCAAGGCGCGGUACUCGAUGGGAAAUAAGCAGGUCUCCGCUCUGCAGUUCGCCAGCGAAAUAGAACCGCAGAUCUGCGUUCAUUCCAGCCUUUCAGAAAAAGGUAAUGUGGAGUUCAAGUGUGAAAGAACAGAGCCCAAAACAGAAGAACUGGAACCGAGUGGUACAGUAGAGAACAUAGGACCAAAAGAGGGAGGCCUUAGAAGGAGAACUAAAAUUAAACAGAAAGAAACUACAGUAGAAGAAACUUCAAAGUGUGAAAAGGAAUCACAGGACAGCAUAAAGAGUGAGAAAUCGCCAUGCCAGCAUCAAGAUCCACUGAAAUGGUUUGGAAUCCUUGUACCACAAAAUCUAAAGCAAGCUCAGGCUGCUUUUAAAGAAGUUAUCACACUGUCAGCGGAGAUAGCAACCCUUCAGAGUGCAAUUCUGGCCACUAGGAUGGAGAUGCAAACUCAAAUGAAGGAAAAACACAAAAUUCAGUCUGUAUUGGAAGGAUAAUACAUACCAUUGUAUAUGUUUGUUUGUUCGUUUUGGGAUUAAUUCUAAUUUGUUUCUCAAUCUUUCUUAUCUCCAGAAAAAAAAAACUGUGUAAACAUCACCCUGCACAUACUGGUGAAAUACAGUUGAAAGACUAUUUGUGGUUUAUGCAUUCCUAUUAAACAGCUCAAUACUGAGUAAUACUGA